AUGUCUUCUCCAGGUGUUGCCAGUCGACCACUACCAACAGACGGCCCAUCCGCCGGGGGUGAUGAACUCGAUGACCUCUUCGACUAUGAAGGCGGCAUGGAUGACCCAUUCAGCGAAAAUUACAAGCCACCUGUCACGAGCAAGCAAACUACGAACCCCACGGCAGCGAGAGAGAGAUCUGGUGCUGGGUUAGGGAUUGAUGAGGAGGUUGAAGUUACAAGGAAACCCAGAGCACCAAGAGUGAAGCUUGACGAGCAUAGGCUUCUCUCUGCUGCUGGAAUCCCAAAAUUACGCAAGAGGGCAAGAGAUCAUCUCAAAUUCAAGGGCAAGGGUCAUGAGUUCUCCGAUGCUGCAAGGCUCCUCGGCUUUUACCAACUAUGGCUCGAUGAUCUCUUCCCUAAAGCACGUUUUCUCGAUGCGUUAGCGAUGGUGGAGAAGAUGGGACAUAAGAAAGUGAUGCAAGCUGCACGGAUGGAGUGGAUUAAUGAAGGCAAACCACAUUCCUCAGUACAUGAAGAUUCCCUAUUCGAUGAGCCGGCUCUUCCGCCGAGACAAGAUGUCGAGAGAGAAAAUACGGCUUCAAGGAUUGCGCCAAUAUUCGAGAAACCUACGACUGAGAGACCGAAGACACCCGCGCAGGAUCCUGAUGCUGAAGAGAAUGAUUUAUAUGACGCUACCCCCAAGGCGAUUCGCCGAAAUCCUGAAGACUCUGUUCCGCAGACAGGAUCAAUAUUUGGCCCUGGUGCAGCGAGUAUAUUUGGGCCUCAGAAGAACAUUGUCGCCGAUGACGGGCCUCCUGAGGAUGAUCUUGAUGCUUUGCUAGCAGAGGAGGAAAUGAUGCAAAUGUCUGCUAAGGCUGCGCAACCGCCCCCAGGCCCAAGUAACGCUGCUGCCCCUAGGGAUGAUUUUGAUGAUGACAUGGAAGCUAUGGCAGAGAUGGACAUGGAUGGUAUGUGGUAA